AUGAAAAGUUUGGACUAUUUGGAGAUUGGCCCAAUUUAUUGGAAGUUGAUUUGGUUCAACACUCACUCUUCCCUGUUCCUGCACAAAGAGCCGCCCCGCUGCCGCCCGGCUCCCGCCCCGUCGCCGGCAGCUUCCCCGAGCCGAGCCCCGCCGCUCGUCAGCUGGGCCGCCGGGCCCGAGUCGCCGGAGCCCGGAGCGGCUCGGGAAGCAGCAGUGCCCGGGGCGGUCGGGUGCUCCGGGCAGAAUGCCGAGAGCGCGGUGCCGCCCGGACGGGCGGAGAAGCCUCCCCUGGAGCAGCUCUACCGGCAGGGCCCGCUGCUGGGGAGCGGCGGCUGCGGCAGCGUUUACUCCGGGACCCGGCUCGCCGACGGCGCCCCGGUGGCCAUCAAGCGAGUGUCCCGGGAUCGCAUCUCGGAGUGGGCGCGGCUGCACGACGGCGCCCUUGUGCCCCUGGAGCUGGUGCUGCUCUGGAUGGUGUCGUGCCCUGGCUUCCGCGGCGUCGUGCGGCUCCUGGACUGGUUCCAGCUUCCCGACGGCUUCGCGCUGGUCAUGGAGCGUCCGGAGCGUUUUCAGGACCUCUGGUACUUCCUGGACGAGCGGGGGUUCCUGACGGAGCCCGUGGCGCGGGGGCUGUUCUGCCAGGUGCUGGAGGCCGUGCGGCACUGCACCAGCCGCGGCGUCCUGCACCGCGACAUCAAGGCCGAGAACAUCGUCCUUGACCUGGCCACCGGCGAGGCGAAGCUCAUCGACUUCGGGUGCGGCACGAUCCUCCGGGACACUUUGUACACCCGAAUGUCAGGAACACCAGAAUACAGCCCGCCGGAAUGGAUCCUCUUCGGCUGCUACCGUGGCCAGCCAGCCACCAUCUGGUCCCUGGGCAUCCUGCUCUAUAAGCUGGUCUGCGGGCACCUUCCUUUCCACACCAAUGAGGACAUCAUCCGGGGCCAGCUCUUCUUCCCACCGCGGGUGUCUCAAGAGUGCCAGCACCUCAUCAGGUGGUGUUUAUCCAUGGAUCCAGCAGACAGGCCAUCCUUGGAAGAUCUUCUUGAGCAUUCUUGGCUGCAGGAUGCCCACCUGGCCCAGAAGACAGUAGAGAUCUAUCCCUCUACACAGUGGGGGCAUCCAGGAGCCCAGCAAGUACCAGCUGCACGUGUCUCAUGGUGCUCCAAGAAAAUCCCAGAGUGUUUCCCUGCAGCCGUGGAACAGAGGAGAGAGCACAUCCAAGAUGCUUCUGCUGGUCCCCAGCGAGUUGUGGAGGGAGCAGCUCAGUGCUCCCCAUCCUGUUGGAGAAGUCGUGACAGUGCAGUGAAGUUGCCAUGGACUGGAAAAGGGGAAACAUCCCCCUGCAGCUCAAUGGCAUCGUGAUGUCCCCGCGAGCCGAGGUGUGCCUGGCGUGUUCUUCUGGAGCACAGCACGGAGCUGGAGAACACCAUCCUCAAGCUGCCCACUGAUUGGGCAGAGCCGAUUGGCUUUGCUUGCAGCCCCUUCCUGGAGGACACACUCUGCACCCAGAUAAAAUCAAGAUGAGUCCCCAGCUGGCAGAGGGGUGGGGGAUGCUUGUGCUUCCAGGCACGGCAGGGCUUGGUCUGGCCACAUGCUGGAGGUUCCCCACUCAGCGGUGGUGGGGAAUAUUAAUAUUUCCUCUGGCUGCCAAGCUGCUUUUUAGUAGAGGACAGAUAUUGUGUAAGGGGAGCCAGCUACUGGCUUUGUGAACAGCUUCUGCAAGCCAGCCUGGCACCGGCUGGGGUGGGGGCAGCAUGCCUGACAAAAGCAUCCAUCUAUGUGUAUGGGGGGCAGCAGAGGGGGACAGGUUCCGAAGCCAUGCCCCAGCUGCUCUGCUUUGGAAGCCUUUGAGGAAGGGGUGUUUUUAUGGGCGGGAGAGGUGGGGGUUUUCCCCACCCACGGAGAGGUUUAAUUCUCACAUGGAGUAGUCACACCCUCCUCUGGCCUGUAACACAUCGAUAACCUUUGAUGCUUUUCCUUGUUUCCAGGUCUUGUUUUGAAUUGCCUUUCAUGCAAUUGUUCUUUGUUUUUUUUCCAGAAGGAUUGCACUGGUGCCUGGACUGGAUGGGGAAGUGCUGGCACCAUCUGUGGACUGUGUCCAGUGCCUGCACUAGCCCUGGAGACCUCAGUCUGCAGGGACAUCUCCUUCAAGAAGGACGAGAACCUCCUGUGGGAUCAGCUCCUCUCCUGGCAGCAGGUCUCCAGAGGCUACCAGCACUUCAUGCCAUGGAAACGGCACCGCUCGGCCUGCCAGCCUAGGAGCGCUGGAGGGCAGCAGGUGUUCAUUUGCUGUCAAAAAUUAAUUGCUUUGUUUUUGUUGUCAUCAUUGGAGCAUUUAUUUCAUUUUUUCCAAGCUUUUGGUCCCCUUCCUCCAGGGUCAGCUUUCUGAGUCCUUCCUCAGCUGUUUGAUGGCAUUUGGCAGGGGGGGUUAAGUAACGUGAAAAAAUCAACAACAGCUCCUGUUGCCAACUGCAGCAUCCCUUCAAGAAUCCAGACCUGCCAGCCAGGCCCACAAAUGACUUGGAAUGGGAAAUGGUUUGCAGGGACAAAGUUGUCACCCUGCUGCAAAAGCUGGAAUGAAAUCAGAAGCAGCAAAAUGCCAUUUCAGCUCAGCUCCCACCCAGUCUUCUGUCUUUCUCCUCACUCCAAGACAGGCAGGCAGAGCUGGACUUCAGCAAGGUUCAAGUUCUUUGUGCUCCCUGGCAUCAAAUGGAUCAAGUAAACUCUCAUAUGCAGUGAAUACAAUAUGACUACUAAAGGAAAAAAGGAAGUGUUGAGA